AUGUCUUCUGCGAAACACUCUCGGGGGUCUUCAAGGACUUCAGACUAUGAAGAACCUACUUGUCUUAUCAAUGACCUCGUCUCCCUCCAAGGGACGGUUAUCCUCUUGUUGGGACUGAUCGCCAUUGCUAUGGCACACCACGGAUACUAUGUGGCGAAGUCUUACUACAAACCAUACGAGCACCAUCAUGGAUACGAGCAUUACCACGGCGGACAUCAUGGGUACGAGCAUGGGCAUCAUGGUCACCAUUAUCACUAACAUCAAUUCAUCAUAAUAAUACUUUAUAAAUGUUUAUAACUUGUUUAAAAAAUGUUUAUACAUAUAUAUUUUGUAACUAAUAUUUAUUAACCAUAUUUAUUUGUAUUUUUCAUUAUUAACAUAUUUUGACUUAUAUUAUAAUUUAUUUUUAAUAAAUAAAUCGGAGGUUAAUCUAG